CUCAGCAGGUGGUGGGUGGGUUAGUCCCAGGUGGAUGAGGUGAGUGGACUGUGAGUCAGUACCGUGUCAGGGCGGAAGCAGGCUGCGUUCCUCAUUCCCAGUUGGCAUGGCCCUGCAGCUUUACAUUGACCUGGUGUCCCAGCCCUGCCGCUCAGUUUAUCUGUUCAUUCAAAAGAACAACAUUCCCUUCGAGCUGAAAGAGGUCCAGCUGCUGGCAGGAGAGCAACAUUCGGAAGAGUUUCGGAAAGUGAACCUCCUGGGGAAGGUGCCUGUGAUAAAGGAUGGGGACUUCACUCUGACCGAGAGUGUGGCGAUUCUGAAAUACCUGGCAGGUAGAUACAAGACGCCCGACCACUGGUACCCUGCUGACCUCCAGAGCCGUGCUCGCGUGGAUGAAUAUCUGGACUGGCAGCACACAUCUCUGAGACCACUAGCUGGGAAAAUCUUCAUGAUGAAGGCUUUAUUCCCAGUCGUGACUGGGGCACCAUGUCCUGAAGAGAAGAUGGUGGAGGCCCAGGAUGAACUGGCCCAAGUCCUGAAGAAAUUUCAAGAGAAGUUCCUUCAGGAGAAGCCAUAUAUUGUUGGCGCGGAAAUCUCCCUGGCUGACUUGGUUGCCGUUGCUGAGCUGAUGCAGCCUCAGCACAGACCCAGUGAGGCAUUCUCUCUGCCCUGCCCAGCCCAGCCUGUGAUGGUCUCUCAGUACAGUCUCUCUGCUUGGCGUGAUGGUCCCUCAGCCUGGCCUUUCGGCUUGGCGUGAUGGUCUCUCGGUACAGCCUCUCUGCUUGGCGUGAUGGUCUCUCAGCCUGGCCUCUCGGCUUGGCGUGAUGGUCUCUCAGUAUAGCCUCUCGGCUUGGUGUGAUGGUCUCUCAGUACAGCCUCUCGGCUUGGUGUGAUGGUCUCUCAGUACAGUCUCUCGGCUUGGCGUGGCUGUGUCUGCGCUUGGCAGUAUCUUGGCUCGGCGUGCAGGUGGGUCCUACCCGGGCAUGUUCUGGUGGCAGCAGGAGGAAAUUGGGGAGGUGGCAGCUUCAGCAGCAGUGAUGGAAAAUAGCCUAAUGCAGGAAGAGCGGGCACCCGAUACUGCAGUGGCAUCACUGAGAACAGCCUGCUGAGAUCUCCUGGAGAGCGAGUUAAACGGAGGCACUCAUCAAAGACUGUUGAACUUUUGCCUUUGUUCCUUUGUUUUUUCUAUUUUAUGUUAGGAAGGACUUUGAUGUUAAAUAUUACCUUGUUUCUUUAUUUUUCUACUUGUUCUGUGAAAGU